AAGUAACAACCUGAACAUGACUUCAGAGACCCACAUGCCAGGCCCCGUGUGCCUCAUUGAGAACACAACAGGGCAACUGGUGGUUAAUCAAGAGGCUCUGAAGAUCCUGUCUGCCGUGACGCAGCCUGUGGUGGUGGUGGCUAUUGUGGGCCUCUACCGCACAGGCAAGUCCUACCUGAUGAACAAGCUGGCUGGGCAGAAAAAGGGCUUCUCUCUGGGCUCCACAGUGCAGUCUCACACCAAGGGAAUCUGGAUGUGGUGUGUGCCUCAUCCCGAGAAGCCAGAACACACCCUAGUUCUGCUUGACACUGAGGGCCUGGGUGAUGUAGAGAAGGGUGACAACCAGAAUGACUCCUGGAUCUUUGCCCUGACAAUUCUUUUGAGCAGCACCUUUGUGUACAAUAGCAUGGGAACCAUCAGCCAGCAGGCCAUGGACCAACUGCACUAUGUGACAGAGCUGACAGAUCGAAUCAGAGCAAAAUCCUCACCUGAUGUGGAUGAUUGUGAGGAUUCAGCUGAGUUUGUGAGCUUCUUUCCAGACUUUGUGUGGACACUCAGAGAUUUUUCUCUGGACCUGGAAUCAGAUGGACGAACCAUCACAGCAGAUGAGUACCUGGAGAAUUCACUCAAGCUGAAGCAAGGUACGAGUCAAAAAGUAAAAAACUAUAAUCUGCCCCGACUCUGUAUCCGGAAGUUCUUUCCAAAGAAGAAAUGCUUCCUCUUGUGUCAGCCCGCUCACUGGAAGAAGCUUACCCAGCUUGAGACACUACAUGAUAAUGAGCUGGACUCUGAAUUUGUGGAACAAGUUGCAGCCUUCUGUUCCUACAUCUUUAGAAAUUCCAAGACUAAAACUCUGCCUGGAGGCAUCAAGGUUAAUGGACCACGUCUGAAGAGCCUGGUGCUGACCUAUGUCAAUGCCAUCAGCAGUGGAGAGCUGCCCUGCAUGGAUAACGCAGUCCUGUCCUUGGCCCAGACAGAGAACUCAGCUGCAGUACAAAAGGCCAUUGCCCACUAUGACCAGCAGAUGAGCCAGAAGGUUCAGCUGCCCACAGACACCCUCCAGGAGCUGCUGAACCUGCACAGGGCCUGUGAGAGAGAGGCCAUUGAAAUCUUCAUCAGGAGCUCCUUCAAAGACGUGGACCAUUUAUUUCAAAAGAAAUUGGCGGCCCAGCUAGAAAAAAAGCGAGAAGACUUUUGCAAACAGAAUCUGGAAGUAUCAUCAGAUCGUUGCUCAGCUGUACUUAAGGAUAUUUUUGGUCCUCUAGAAGAAGAUGUGAAGCGGGGGAUUUAUUCUAAACCAGGGGGCUAUCAUCUCCUUAUUCAGAAGAUACGAGACCUGAAGAACAAGUAUCUUCAGGAACCGAGGAAGGGGAUACAGGCUGAAGAGAUUCUGCAGACAUAUCUGAGGUCCAAGGAGUCUGUGACUGACGCAAUUCUUCAGACAGACCAGACUCUCACAGAAAAGGAAAAGGAGAUUGAAGUGGAACGUGUGAAAGCUGAAUCUGCACAGGCUGCAGCAAAAAUGUUGGAAGAAAUGCAAAGAAAGAAUGAGCAGAUAAUGGAACAGAAAGAGAAGAGUUACCAGGAACAUGUGAAACAAUUGACUGAGAAGAUGGAGCAGGACAGGGCCCAGUUAAUGGCAGAGCAAGAAAGGACCCUCACUCUCAAACUUCAGGAACAGGCCCGACUACUAAAGGAAGGAUUCCAAGAUGAGAGCAAACAACUUCAUACUGAGAUACAGAAACUCCAGGAAAGGAUGAAACCGCCAAAGAGAUGUAUUAUAAGCUAAAGACCUAAAUAAUAAAGCUUUCCUGUCACCCUUAUCCAAGGCA